CACAAUAAAGAGGGAAAUGGAUCCCGUUCCUGGGGCCGGUUCCCCAGAGCCACAGCCAGAAAUAUUACAGGUAAAGAUAAAGGAGGAAGAACCAGACCCUGAGGACCAUCAGACCCCAAUGAACUCGGCAGUACCACUUACUGAUGGGGGUUCCCCAGAGCCACAGCCAGAAAUAUUACAGAUAAAGAUAAAGGAGGAAGAACCGGACUAUGGAUAUCGCUUGCCCACAAUAAAGAGGGAAAUGGAUUUUGUUUCUGGAGCCGAUUGUUCCAUGAACUACACAGUGAAAUUAGAAAAUUCCAAAUCUCCAGAAAGGACUGAGUCCUCCUGCUCUCUGGAUCCUGUCAAAAUGGAGAGAGAAGACAAUGGAGUAUUUAAAGGGCCAGUACAGUACAAAGCUGAGGCUGAUUGGGAGAGUGAGACUGGUACAAGGUAUGAGGGCGGCUCGGCAAGGUCGGACGCACCAGGGAUUACCUGCUGUAAAUGUGGAAGCCGCUUCCCUUUGGAAAAGGACCUUCUUACACACGUCUGUGGUGACGCCACAAAGAACGUAAACAGUGAAUCUAAUAACAGAGAUACAGAGUCUUUUAGUUCUACAGAGACGGAGAGGGUUAAACCCAGCCUAGAUCUGCAGGCUCACACUCGGAAGAAAACAAUCAUGUGUCCGGUAUGUGGGAUAUUUUUCCAUCGGAAAAGCCAACUUGACUAUCACCAGAACAUUCACACGGGGGAAAAGCCCUUCCAAUGCACAGAGUGUGGGAGGAGCUUUGCGCUGAAGGGCCAGCUUCGUAAACAUAAGGGGGUCCACGCCAAGGACAGGCGUUUCUCAUGUACAGAAUGCGGGAAAUGCUUCUCUCACAAAAGCAACCUUCGGAACCACCACAAAAUUCACACGGGGGAGAGACCCUUUGCCUGUACGGAAUGUGGGAAAAGCUUCUCCCAGAAGAGCCACCUUCAAAGUCACCAGAGAAGUCACACAGGGGAGAAACCCCACGUAUGCACAGAAUGUGGGAGAUGCUUUUCUCUAAAGAGCAACCUUGUGGCGCACGAGAAGAAACACAAACACAUGAAGACCUUUGCCUGUAGCGAGUGUAAGAGAACCUUCUCCGACAUGGAUGAACUUCGCGUCCACCAGGCAGUCCAUACGGGGGAGAAAGCUUUCAAAUGCAAAGUAUGUGGGAAAAGCUUUUCUCACAAGGGCAAUCUUCAAAACCAUGAAAUAAUCCACACGGGGGAGAAACCAUUCACCUGUACAGAGUGUGGCAAAAUCUUUUCUAACAUGGGUAGGCUUUGCGUCCAUCAGGCAGGCGCGACAGAGGAGAAAGCGUUCAGAUGUAAAGUAUGUGGGAAAUGCUUUUCUCGCAAGCACUGCCUUAAGCACCAUAAAAGAAUUCACAGAGGGGAGAAACCAUUCAGCUGCACAGAAUGUGGGAAGAGCUUCUCUGACAUGGGGAAGCUCUGCAUCCACCAGAGAAUUCAUACAAGGAAGAAGGCUUUUAUAUGCAAGGUAUGUGGGAAAAGAUUUACAUGCAUGGAUUAUCUGACCAACCAUGAAAUAACCCACACGGCGGAGAAACCCUUCACCUGCACAGACUGCGGGAAAAGCUUCUCUCACAAGGGUAAGCUUUGCGUCCACCAGGUAGUUCACGCCAGCGAAAAAGCUUUCAAAUGUGAAAUAUGUGGAAAAAGUUUUUCUCGCAAGGACUAUCUAAAAAACCACGAAAGAAUUCACACAGGGGAGAAACCGUUCACUUGCACCGAAUGUGGGAAGAGCUUCUGCGACAAGACCAACCUUUACAGCCACCAGAAAGUGCACACAGGAGAGAAAAGUUUCAGGUGUACAGAAUGUGGGAGAAGCUUCCUACGUAAGGACACCCUUAUCAAUCACCAGAAGGUUCACACAGGGGAGAAACCCUAUACCUGCACGGAGUGUGGGAAAAGCCUAAGCAGCCAGUCCAGCCUUAUCCGGCACCAGAGAAUCCACACCGGCAGUAAACCGUACCAUUGUGCAGAAUGUGGGCGGGACUUUGCUGGGCAAGGGGAACUUCGUAGGCACCAGAAACUUCAUAUUCGGGAAAAGUCUCUUCAGGAACAAAGUUUGGGCAAAGAGUUUGUCAGUAAUACUGUCAUGACAGUCGUUACGGGGUUCUACAUAGAAGAGCAGCCCUUUGCCUGCGCAGAGGGAUGAAUCCUAUGUACUGGGGUAUUUCAGCUCCCAUCAAUGCCACUUUGGCCUCCCGUGGGGCAAAUGUCUGAGCUGGACACUGGCGCUUUCUGGGCAAGAACAUAUUGAUUAUGGAAAGUAUGUGAUUAUCUGAAAUCUGCUGAUAUUCCACAGUCGGUAAUCAAAUACCACUGGAGGGAAACCUUUUAAAGGGACUGUUCACCUUUUAAAGGAGACAUAUCAUAUAAAAAUGAUGAAUGUACCAGGGAAUUAUACUCCUCUAGAUAUAGAAGGAUUG